AGAUUUGAAUUUUCCAUCUGCAGGAAGGUGACACAACAAGGACUCCAAGGAGAAGAAAGGGAGAAUGGAGGGGCUAAGCGUCGAUGGUCUGGACAGAGAUAAUAUGCUCGACUUCCACGCUGCCUUUCAAGGAAGCGUAUUUGAGAAGUAUCACAUCAUUCCUGUCCAGGUAGCCUCUCUCGACACCACCUACCUCAGUGACCUGUGUGAUAACUUUUAUGAUUUCCUACGCGGGACGGAAGGACGUGUGGAUGGUAUUCUGGAUGACAAUCUAGACUUCUUUGUGGAUCGUCUCAACAGACACCAAGGAGACAGAUCCGGCCGUGAAGCCUUUGUCAAGCGCUGCGGGACCUUCUUGGAAGAGUAUGCGAAACACCUACCAGUAGUACCAGGAAAUCGGCAGCUGAUUGCCAGACAUAGUGUGGUUCGGGAGCUUAUGCCUCUCUACAAAGGAAAAAAUAUUCCCUUUAAAUUCAAAAACGGCUUGCGGCACAUACUCGUUCAGAAGUAUUAUACUUCGGAGGUGCAGAAUUGUUUCUCUCGCUGGGGAGACGAAUCGGAUGUGAAACAUGAAAAUGACCAGGAUAUUGUGAAGAAGCUGUACAGCUACGGUAAAAAGACGUGGCAAGAUAACUGUCACAGAGUAAAGCUACACCUGAUUGAUGUCGAUCUCGUGGGAAUGGAUGGUCAGCUUUUCCCUCUGUGGAUGUUGUUGGCAGAAGCGCGUGGCAUGCCGGGAGACCCCAUCGGAGUUCAGUCUUGGUCCGCUGACGUGAGGGAUAGGCAAACAGGCGCUCUGAUUGCAGAUGCCGUCCGAUUGAAGAGAACAACAGAGGAUGUUGUGGGUGAAAUUGAUGGUUACAGAGUAGGGCCCACUCGUGGUGGGACUUCCACCACCCCCUACACGAAGGAGGAGGAGGAGAAGAUGGCCGCCCUUUUACAGGAGAAAAAGGAGAAGAAGGAGGCCAAGAAGAAGGCCUUGAAGGAGGAGCAGGCGGCCAAAUUAAAAAAGAUGGAAGAAGAGAUGGCCAGGGAGAAAGAGAAGUUGAAAAAAGAAGAAGAAGAGAAGCUGAAGGAGAUGGAUGAAGAAGAGGAAGGUCCGUCACUGCAAAAGAGUAGCGGGCAGCCCAGAAGUGGUAAUGGUGGGAACCUGGAGAAGAGAAUAUCCGAGUGGGUUGCCAACCUGACUGUGGGAGAAGAGGAAGAAGUUAAGAAAGACCCCCUUAGACGCCAGGUGUUGGAAGAUGAGAAGAGGAUGGAGUGGAAGUUAGCGGUGAUGAGGGAGAAAAAGAGGAGAGUUGACAAGGCAGCAGAGGCGGCGGAAGAACUAGAGGAAGUGAAAACGAUAGAACAACAAUUAGCCGCCCAACCCGAUUUCCCGAAUCAGAUGCGAGUCAUGGCUCGAAGCAUCGCAUGCCUGGCACGAGUCCAGGCAGAUCAGUACGACUUUAGCAGAAGUCAGGAUAUAGCUGUGCGCUCGAUACGAUUGGGUUUUCGAGACUUUGCGCGUGAGCUGGUAGGCGCCGUUGGAGUCGAGGUGGGUCAUCGCCUCGACAAGACUGAGCGGUUCUAUACUGGCGCCAUUGAAGGCGUCAAGGCGGCAGCCCCCAAGGAAGAGGAACCACGCCCGCCACGUAGAGAGCCGAUCAAGGUCAAAUUCCUGGAUUCCUAUAKUGGGAAGAGGGAAGAGAACUUUGAUAACUGGGAGGCCAACGUCAAGACCUAUGUGCAUUUGCAACAGGUCUCCCUGGAUCAGCAGGUCUUGAUUGCGAUCCACGCGCUUAAAAAUGAGGCCGCCAGUUUUGCAAGGUCCUUGGUCUUGGAAAAGUUGAGGGAAGUUAAUUUCAAGAUCAAUGCAAAGAAGUGCGAUUGGGCAAAGACCCAAGUUUUGUAUCUAGGCCACGUCUUAGACGGAGAUGGCGUUAAGCCAGAGGAUAGCAAGAUCGCAGCGAUUAGAGAUUGGCCCACGCCACGUACACUGACAGAGUUGCGCUCGUUCCUGGGCUUAGCCAAUUACUACAGGAAGUUCGUGAGGAACUUCUCCACCAUCGCUGCGCCCCUUCGCAGAUUGCUAAGAAAAGAGACAAUCUGGAAAUGGGACAAGGACUGCACGUCUGCCAUGAAGAAGCUAAAGCAGGCAUUGAUAGAGUACCCGGUCCUUAAGGUCGCCGAUCCGUCCUUGCCUUUUGUUGUUACUACAGAUGCUAGCCAGUACGGCAUAGGCGCAGUGUUACAGCAAGACGAUGGCAAUGGGUAUAGACAUGUAGAGUUCAUGUCUGCCAGAAUGCCUUCAGAGAAGGUCGCGACAUCUACCUAUGAGAGGGAACUCUACGCUCUCAGGCAAGCGUUAGACCACUGGAAGCACUACUUCCUUGGGAGGCACUUCAAAGUCUAUUCUGACCAUGAAACGUUACGAUGGUUAAAGACGCAGGCCAAGAUGACACCUAAGCUUACUAGGUGGGCCGCCGAGAUAGAUCAGUACGACUUCGAGCUCAAGCCUGUCAAGGGGAAAUACAACAUAGUUGCGGAUGCUCUGAGUAGGAGAGCAGAUUACCUCGGGGCGAUAGCGCAUUACCUCGAUAUAGGGAAAGACCUGCAGCAAGAGGUUAGAGAGGCCUACGCACAGGACCCUCUCUAUAGUGACCUCCUUAAGAAAGUCAAAGAGGCCCCAGAGACUGAGCCAAAUUAUCGCACUACUGAAGGAUUGCUAUUCGAGAAGACUAAUGUUUUUGACCGUUUGUGCAUCCCCAAUAGUGAAAAGAUCCGUAGUUUGAUCUUGGGAGAAUGCCACGACACAGAAGGUCAUUUUGGUUGGCAAAAGACCUUAGCCAAUCUGAUGCGCGCGUAUACCUGGCCAGGGAUGAAGAAUGACUGCGCAGAGUAUGUUCGCAGUUGUAAGUUCAUCCCUGUGGCUGUGGUUGAAUGAGCACUGCUUUAUAAAGGGGAGAAGAAGCGGGCGGCAUUGUGAGCCGAGUUACCAAUCA